ACAUGCAUGAAUGUGUCAUGUUAGUGAUGUUGAGGAUAUUUCUGUUUUGCCUGGAUUCUAAGCAAAAAAACCUCUUCAACAAAGAGAACAGGUGGUGAUGUAUUUUGUUAUGGUGAGCUAGAGGAGUUAUGCAGGAGUUGGGCUUAGACACACUCAGAUGUAAGUGAAAGUGUGAUUAACAGCAGAUUAACAUAGACAGCAACUUCGUUUGUCACACAAGCGAUACUCAACAAACAAGUUUGCAACAGUUCAGUGUUUGUUUUGUCUAAUGACGCCAAAGCAUUGCAGCAACAUGGCAGCAGCAGUAAGUGGCAUUGAUAGCCUAUGUCAUCCCAACUAACUUACAAAGUCAAAGACUUGAUGUCAACUCUUUGUCUCAUGAACAAGGGGAGUCCUGCUGCAGACUUUGCACUGACUGCGAUACAAAUAACAGAGGAGGAAGAUUAUUUUUUGAAUCUGUCUUCUCCAAAACAAUCAAAAAGUGAGGAAAUUAUCUUUUGACACCAACAGAUAGGAUCAGCUUUACCCUGACCUCUGCUUAUUCAUCUACCGCGGAGGGUAAAGAGCACUCAUAUGGGCACACAAGUGCCAACACCUUAUCUAAAAAUCAGAGUUUUAAUGACUAAUGUAACUUCAAUCAGAAGCAAUGCAACCAUGGUGCCAGAAGCCAGUGGGACGUAAUCAUAUUCGCAAGAAAGAUGGUCUGAAAGGAAAAUGUACACUGUCUCUCUUUCUGAUGUGUGGAAGAUGUAAAGUGUCUCCUUUACUGAAGUGCCUUCCAGCAAAGACAUUGCAUUAACUUGACCUCUGACCUUCCAAUAGAGGAGGGGCAUCAAAACUUGGAUCAAUAAAGUAUCAUUUUAGCAGGAUUUACUAAAUAUUGAUUGUAAACCUACAAUGAAGGAAUGAAAAAUAGAAACUUCUUCAAAAUAUCCUUUCUUUUAAAAAAUAAAGAAAUAAAGAGAGAUAAACUCAGAGUGGCCUAACUUAGACACAUAUAUAUCAGCAAACCAAAUAAGGCUCUAAAUUGCAUUAAUUAUACAUCCCAAUUCUUAUCGCUCUUUAAGAUCUAGCUAACCUUGUGAGAUAUUAUAAUUAUAUAUUAUUAGUGUAUGCCUUUGGGAAUGAUGCACGAGACAAAGCAUCGUUAUAAACCACGAUCUCACUAUCGGCCAAAAAUGCAAGAGUAGCUAAUAAAAUGUAUAUCGUGUCUUCUCUCAACAUGUCUCUCAGCUGGUCCGACUAUUAACCGAAACAAGUCGCUCUCCGAGUCUGUCGCAUCCCGCUCAGUCCGCAUGCAGUUUCUGUUCUGCAUCGCAGAGCCCAUCCCGGCCUGUGAGAGGGAUCUGCAUUCUCGGGCACAUGGGUUCCCACAUGGUCUGCCUGCGGAUGCUGAUGCUGCGGCUGUGAUGCUGCUUGCUCCCUGCACGCCCAUCGGUCUGCCAGUCACAGCAUCCACAGUGAGAGACGACCAGACGCGGUAGACUAGUACAGGACACCAACCGCAGUCGGAAUGAGGGAUCUGAACGGAGAAAAGUAGCGCCUUCAUUGAUCUCCUGACUUUGUUGUGCUCGGGAUGUGUAAACUUCGUGGAGAUUAGAUGUGAGGGCGGACUAACUGACGGAGAAACACCCUGCGCUUCUCGGUGCCAGAUGGACUUUUUAAAUCCGCAAGCCGCAGUUAUACCCAAGUAAAAUGGAGGAUAGUUUUGAUUGCGACUGUGGCGAACUUGAGCCACCUGAUCAUUGAGAGUAAAACAUUAUUUUGAAGACUUAAAGGCCAGACUCAUUUCAGUUUUAUAGAUCAGGUGACUUGACUAGUUAUAAACAAAAAAAGAAGAAAAAACAACAACACAUGAAGCUGCUCAGGACCAGUCAAACACUGAAUGUAUCCUCACUGUAAGGAUGCAACUACAUGCUUUUAUAGUUUACUUUAGUCUCUGUGCUUUUUAAUUGGCCUUAAAGACCAUUCCAUUGCAGUCUGUCAUCAUUAGUUUAUUUAAACUGUUCACUUAAAGAUAUCUACACAUCCAGGAUCGGAAGAGAAAUUAUAUUUCUAAUAUUAUCCCCUUACUCAAGAUGGAGCAAAGAUUGCACCACACAUCAGUGCCCCGAAUCUGACAGUGACAGAUAGACGGGGGGACUCAGUAGUCGUCUAUACAGGGGUCAGUCAGCUCAGCCGCUGAAGCAGUGGAGGGAUUGUCGGAUAAAUUCCUCUGUCGGUGAUACAUUUGGAAACAGGCCAAAGAGACCAUACAUUAAGAGACAGCAGAAGCUUGGCGUAAAAGCCGAAAACAGUCGUCAUGGCAGAGAAGUUUGAGUCACUGAUGAACAUCCACGGCUUCGACCUGGGUUCUCGCUACAUGGACCUGAAGCCGCUGGGCUAUGGAGGGAACGGCCUGGUGUUCUCAGCCGUGGACACAGACUGUGACAAGCGUGUAGCCGUGAAGAAAAUCAUCUUGACGGACCCCCAGAGUGUGAAGCACGCCCUGCGAGAAAUCAAGAUUAUUAGACGCCUUGACCACGACAACAUUGUCAAGGUGUUUGAGACAUUGGGCCCCAACGGUCGCAGGUUAACGGAGGAUGUGGUGUCCCUGACGGAGGUCAACUCUGUCUACAUUGUGCAGGAGUACAUGGAGACGGACCUGUGUCAGCUGCUGGAGAGGGGCCUUCUGUCUGAGGACCAUGCCAGGCUCUUCAUGUACCAGCUCCUCAGGGGCCUUAAGUACAUCCACUCUGCCAAUGUGCUGCACCGUGACCUCAAGCCUGCCAACCUGUUUGUCAACACAGAGGACCUGGUACUGAAGAUCGGGGACUUUGGGCUGGCCCGUAUCAUGGACCCACACUAUUCUCAUAAGGGCCAUCUCUCUGAAGGUCUGGUCACCAAGUGGUACAGGUCUCCUCGCCUGCUGCUGUCUCCUAACAACUACACCAAAGCCAUCGACAUGUGGGCGGCUGGCUGCAUCUUUGCAGAGAUGCUCACAGGGAAAACCCUCUUUGCAGGAGCCCACGAGUUGGAGCAGAUGCAGCUGAUCCUGGAGUCCAUCCCUGUGCUGCGUGAGGAAGACCGACAGGAGCUCCACAGCGUCAUCCCCGUUUUCAUCCGCAACGACAUGUCCAAGCCUCACACGCCACUGGCCAAGCUGCUGCCUGACAUUAGUCCCCAGGCCCUGGAUUUCCUGGAGAAGAUCCUGACCUUUAACCCCAUGGAUCGUCUCACUGCGGAGGAGGCCCUGGCCCACCCCUAUAUGGCUGACUACUCCUUCCCCCUCGACGAGCCCGUCUCUCUGCACCCCUUCCACAUUGAGGACGAAGUAGAUGAUAUCCUGCUCAUGGACCAGAGCCACAGCCACACCUGGGACAGGUAUCAUGAGAGCCAGCUGUCGGAGGCGGACUGGCACUUGCACAGCACCCACGACCCAGAUGAAGUUCAGGUCGACCCGAGGGCUCUCUCUGAUGUGACGGACGAGGAGGAGGUCCAGGUGGAUCCUCGUAAAUAUGCUGAUGGAGAUCGGGAGAAGUUCUUGGAUGAGCCGUCCUUUGACUACUCCACCAUGUUCCAGCCAGAGCGAUCCUGGCAGGAAGACCACCACGAGAACAAAUACUGUGACUUGCAGUGUAGCCACACCUGUAACUACAAGGCCGUGUCGCCCUCUUACCUGGACAACCUCAUCUGGAGGGACAGUGAAGUCAACCACUACUACGAGCCCAAGCUCAUCAUCAACCUCUCCAACUGGAAGGAGCAGCAGAGCAAGGAGAAGGGCAAGGCCAAGAGCAAGUGCGAGAAGAACGGGCUGGUGAAGGCCCAGAUCGCGCUGCAGGAGGCCGAGAAGACCCAGGGUCCGGUGGAGAAGGACAGCGAGCAGGAGAAACACCAGACGGAGAAGCCCCAAGGCCAGCAGAACCAAGGCUUUGACUUUGACUCCUUCAUUGCCAGCACCAUUAAACUGAGCCUGCAGCCAGAGCCCUGUCAGGAGGUGGCCCUCCUCCACGAGGUGGGCCUCCUGAAUGAGCUCAACUCUUCCGUUUCCCAGCUGGAGGCUCCCCGCUCGGGCUCCAUGUCCAAGUCCAUAAGUCAGGAGAAGGAGGAGAAGUGCCUGGUCAACCUCGCCCAGUUGGGCGGAGGAGGGUCGGGUGUCGUCGGCGGGGACGGGGCUUGGCCCGCUCAGCCCUGGGAGAGCUUCGGCUGUGGGGAGCGAGUCGGGGAGAACGGCUGUUUGAUAGACGAAGCAUGCUGGGACAUUCGCAAAGAGGACCAGCUCCAGAAGGACAGCACGUACACCAGCUACCUGGACCGCCUGUUCAGCCGGAAGGAAGAGGGGGCCGGAGAGACCGUGGCCAGCUCGGAGACGGAGCCCUCGGAGGGGAGAGAGCUGGACGAGAGCUUCCUCGGUAGGAACACGGAGAUUGUCCUUAAUGUUCAGCUGGACUCUCUGGCCCUGCCUAGCUUUGACAGCACCGAUGACUUGCCUCUAAAAUCCAUCCAGGCGUCCCUCACCCCCUGCGCUGUCAAAUGCUCCCCACAGGUCGCCCACAAAACAUACAGCAGCAUCUUCAAGCAUCUUAAUUAAAGAAAUAUAUAUCCUCCGACACAAAAUCUAGGCAGUUUUGUUUUUAUGUUUUUUUUUUUUUUUAAAUAAUACGGUAUAUUAUUGAACUUGAAUCAUUUCAUACCUUUUUUUAUUAUGGUUACUUUUAAUUAUUAUUUUUUUUUUUUAAGAGUUGAGGGGUGAUUUAUUAUAUUUAAAGAGUUUGGGUUGUCACUCUGAGCCUUGGUCACCAGGCCUUCAUGGGUUAAUGUCUGCGUCCUCAUUGCUAAACUGGCAUGUCACUUGCACACUUAAGUACUGUAGAAGACCGGAAAGCUGGAGAGAAGCAACUAGAAGAAAGAUGGAUGGUGGUGUGACGUAAGGAAAGGUGCUAGACACCAACAUUGCCUUUCCUGGGUGGAGAUACCGAGGAAAAAAAGGGGGAUUUGGAGGUCUUUUUUUAUUUUGUUUUCAUUUGACUUCAUGACAUUUUUCCCUGAAGAAAGCUUCCAAAAUAUCCCUUUCAUACUGUAAAUCUGACACAUGAUGCCAGCAGCAACCAUUAUCGUAGGCGUUAAUGUAAAUGUGUUAUCUACCUCAAGGUAACAGCCGCGAGAGACACUCGAAGCCGCACUAGUGCUUUACACACAUGACCAUCGGGGUCGCGUAGAUGAAAUCUGUCUCACUUUAGCAUUUAACAUAGUGAGGUGUUUCAGUAAUCAUUAUUUAUUUCUAGCAGAUGUGCGAUAUUUAUUUUAUCAAAAUGUGUUAUUUCAAUGUGAUUAUUGAAGAUCGAUAAGUUGGACAGACUUCCAUUUUCAUUUCGGCACUAUAUGGGCGUCUUUAAGUGUUCCUUUGUUUUAUGGUAGGAUGCAAAUUCAUCAGUUAUGUCCUAAACAAACCUUUCCAUUUUCCACCAAUAUUAUCCAAACGGAUAUCAUUAUUCUUCAUUUUGUUUUUUUAUUUAUAGGUGCGCUCUGUCUUUAAUGGAAAAACUGCUUUAUGGUUUAAAGAAGCGCCUAAAAGUCUUAAUUUUUUUUUUUUUUAUCUAAAUGUAAUGUUUAAAAAGAAAUGCGUGCAUGGAGGCAAGAGAAAGGUACAUUAAAGUUAAUGGUGAGUAUAAAGUAUGUCAGUUUUAACUGUACGUUUUUUGUUAAAUUUCUAUGUACUUUUUCCAGGCAAGCAUGAUAAAUUAGGUUAAGGUGUAGCAUGUAGAACACUUAUGGACUUUCUUUUGUAAUCAUUGGUUCCCCUGUUCUACAAAAUAUCUCCAAAUAAACUUACUGGCAAAGAG